GUUCCUACUUUCCUAGGGAUUUUGCAGUAAAAAUACUGAAAGGUCAAAAGUAUUUUGUAAAAUAUUUUCAACUUUCAAAAAAUUCAAACAAAUGAAUGACGAUAAAGUUGAACAAAUUAACGAACUGGAAGCGUUAAGCGCAAUUUAUGGUUCAGAGUGGCACGAGCAAUUUGAAAUCGACAAUUGCUAUUAUAUCUGUGUUGGGCCAGAUGUACAACUGUCGGUGACACUACCCCUUGAUUAUCCAUCCAAGAGACCCCCCUUGUAUGAAUUACUAGCACCGACUUUAACCAAAGAACAAAAGGCGCAUAUUUCUAGAGAAUUUGAUGAAAUUUAUCGUACAAAUUGUGGAAGCCCCGUGUUAUUUCAAUGGAUUGAAAAACUCAAAGAGAUUGUCCACUUAUAUGUCAAAGAAAUAAAAAACACUACCAGUGAGGAAGUAGUUAAAGAAGCGGAGCCACCAACGAAGUUGCUUAAUUUUAAUAUCAUACACGGAACUACCGUGGAAGAUCGCAAGAGUAUAUUUCAAGGCCACACUUGCACCAUUCACGCAGCACAAGAUGUAAGAGAUGUUACAGAAUUGUUGCUGCAAAACAAAAAGAUCUCACAUGCCACACAUAAUAUUACAGCGUAUCGGAUAACGACACCUAAUGGCAACAUACUUCAGGACUGUGAUGACGACGGUGAAACGCACGCAGGCGGCCGAUUAUUACAUUUACUACAAAUACUAAACGUAGUAAAUGUGUAUGUUAUGGUUUCUAGAUGGUACGGAGGCAUUCAGUUAGGGCCUGAUCGGUUUCGGCACAUUAAUAAUGCCGCAAGACAGGUUUUACAGGAAGCCAAUUUUAUACCGAAGAAAGAUUAAAUAAAUUGUUCUCGCUUGUAUAAAAAUUUUAAUAUAUUUUUUAACGUUUA